CUCUUGUUCUUUCUCUCAAGAGCUUCUCUCACACUCGUGAGACACCUCGUUCUGCUUGCAAAUCCGCCGCCCCUCUUACUUUAGUACUUCACAUAACCCCAUCUGGCCCACAGCUGAAAACUAUUAAGCACUGCUGGAACUUCCUUCUUAGUAACCCAGCUUGUGUGAAAGCGAAUAAGUCACCUGGCUCUGCAUUUCACCCAUCUCUUUGCUUGCGUCUAAAAGCUGUCUUUCUCAUUUGGUUUGUCUUUGGCAGAAGACACUGGCCGGUCCUUUGGAAAUCUCCCCUCAUUAUUGGUAGAGGUGGCACAUUCCACGAAAUCGCAGCUGAGACGGAGCGUUUUCAAGCAUGAACCGGGCAUUUAACCGAAAAAAAGAUAAAUCAUGGAUGCACACUCCAGAAGCACUGGCCAAGCAUUUUAUACCAUACAAUGCCAAGUUUCUAGGAAAUACAGAAGUUGAUCAACCCAAAGGUACAGAGGUGGUGAGAGAUGCCGUCAGAAAGCUCAAGUUUCAGAGACAUAUUAAGAAGUCAGAGGGACAGAAGCUUCCAAAAGUGGAAUUACAGAUCUCCAUCUACGGAGUAAAAAUAUUAGAUCCUAAAUCAAAAGAAGUGCAGUACAACUGUCAGCUCCACCGGAUAUCCUUCUGUGCAGACGAUAAGACAGACAAGAGGAUAUUCACAUUCAUUUGUAAAGAUUCAGAGUCCAACAAACAUCUCUGCUAUGUGUUUGACAGUGAGAAAUGUGCAGAAGAGAUCACGUUGACCAUCGGCCAAGCGUUUGACUUGGCAUACAAGAAGUUCCUGGAGUCCGGGGGAAAAGAUGUAGAGACGAGGAAACAGAUAGGUGGCCUACAGAAAAGAAUUCAAGAUCUUGAAACUGAAAACAUUGACUUGAAGAAGCAGUUACAAGUGUUAGAGGAGCAGCUGAUGAUUGCUCAAGUUCCUCCUCUUCUUCACAUUAACUCUUCUAAUGAGGCCUAUAUGCUUCAGAGACCCUCAUCUCUCUUCUGGUGUCACAACGUGACCUCGUUCUCUUGUCUCGAAAUCUCUUCUGUUACACUAACGCCAAUGAGCUCACCUGACUCUAACCUCUCUGCUGGUCUUCUGACUCCUCCACCUUCUAAACCAGCUCUGUCCAAGACUCCCAGCGGAGCCAAUGUACCUCGCCAUUCUGGAAACAGCAUGUCUUCAAAAACCCCCACAGACAUAUUUGACAUGGUUCCGUUUUCUCCAAUGACUCCAAUGGUUCCAUUACCAGCAAGUAAUGGCUCGGCCCCUCCACCCCCGGCAAGACCUACAGAGAUUAGGAGAGACCUGUUCGGUGCAGAGCCGUUUGACCCUUUCACCUGCGGGGCGGCUGACUUUCCUCCAGACAUCCAGUCUAAGCUGGACGAGAUGCAGGAGGGGUUCAAAAUGGGACUAACAGUAGAGGGCACUGUUUUCUCCCUGGAUCCACUAGAAGGUCGCUGCUGAUGCCAAGAAGAAAGUUUUGUCACUUUCAUGUUAAACCAUUUGUAUUAAAGUGCCAAACUCGGGUUUACAGUCAAGAUGUCUUAUCUUAUGUUUUUUUAUGUACUUGCAUUUUAAAUUUGGUUUACAAAAAGUAUAUUGAGAAAUCCGCAACAGUAGAUGACUAUUUUUGUAAGAACUAAAACAAAAAACUGAACUAGUAAUGUACCUGUAGUUUUAACUGCCCUUGCUUGUACAGACAAUGAAGGAUGUAGAAAGUAUGUCCAGUUGCACAGUCUGUGUUUGUUUUCAUAACGGUUAUUAAUCUCAGAAUCUUUAAGCUUGUGUUACACAUUACAAACUCUUUGGCAUAUCGCAGUUAUUAUAACUCAGAAAAGGGAGAGUUUCCUGUACAUUGCUUUGUAACUUUAUUUUAACACCUAUCGUACGUCAUAAUCACACUCCUUUUGUAUCAGAUCACAUGUAAAAUUAUGGUAUUGUUUUUAUUUGUAGCAAUAGAUCCAUUUAAAACAGUAUUUUUUAACUCAACAGCGGUGUCAUAAAUGGCAGAACUGGACUAUUUCCACAUUAACACGUACUUGUAAUGCAGUUUGAUUUUAUAUUAUAUAUUUUAGUAUACUCUUGCACAAGGAAGCACUUUGGAAGAGCUCUGUUCAUGUAUUAUUGUUAAUUCUGUUUGUAAGCAUUAUUUUAGCCUUUGCUGUUGUAGUCAUUAAAAGAAAACAGUACAUACUC